UCUUUCAAUCUUCAUUCAUUCGUUGAAUUUUUCUUCUUCUUCGUUGUUCUCAAUUUCUCUUCUGCGUUUCUUGAAGCUUUUUCGAAAAACUCCAAGUGUUCGAUCGAAUUGAAUUGGAUUGGAUUGUGCUUCUUCGUUCAUGGCUACUCCCAGCGCAGGAUCGAACGACCCCACUGCUGCUACCAGAAGACAAACCAAGAGACCCAAGUAUUCUAAGUUUACGCAACAGGAACUUCCAGCAUGCAAGCCGAUUCUUACACCACGAGCGGUUAUUUCAGCGUUCUUGAUUGUGACCAUCGUAUUCAUUCCUAUCGGAGUUGCUUCCUUGAUUGCUUCACGAGAUGUUGUUGAAAUUAUUCAUCGGUACGAGGCAGAUUGUGUACCAGGAAACUGGUCGUCGGACAAAGUAGGAUACAUUCAGAGUUCUGCUGAUAAAACAUGCACGAGGGAGAUACAUGUGGAGAAGCGUAUGAAGUCUCCUAUUUAUGUUUACUACCAGCUUGACAACUUUUACCAGAAUCAUCGCCGGUAUGUUAAAAGCCGAAAUGAUGAGCAAUUAAGGGAUUCUUCAAAGGCAAACUCAACAAGUGGUUGUAAACCUGAAGAUUAUGUAAAUGGAGUACCAAUUUUACCUUGUGGGCUUAUAGCUUGGAGCAUGUUCAAUGAUACAUACAGUUUCUCCCGCAACAACAACAAUUUGACAGUGAACAAGAAAGGCAUCUCAUGGAAGAGUGACAGGGAGCACAAAUUUGGAGAUGAUGUUUUCCCUAAAAAUUUCCAGAAUGGUACUAUUAUAGGCGGUGCUCAUCUUAAUGAAACAAUACCAUUGAGUGAGCAGGAGGAUCUUAUUGUUUGGAUGCGAACUGCUGCUUUGCCCACUUUUAGGAAACUAUAUGGGAAGAUUGAGAUGGAUUUGGAGAAAGGUGAUGUCAUAAAAGUGGUAUUGCAGAACAACUACAACACGUAUAGUUUCAAUGGCAAAAAGAAGCUUGUACUGUCAACUACUAGCUGGCUUGGUGGGAAAAAUGACUUUCUUGGCAUUGCCUAUCUCACUGUGGGAGGACUGAGCUUCUUUUUGUCUAUGGUUUUUACCAUUGUAUAUUUUGUCAAGCCAAGGCAACUUGGAGAUCCAUCGUAUUUGUCAUGGAACAGGAACCCAGGAGGUCACUGAGCAGAGAAACUAGUUGUGAUUUGGUCUUCCACGAUUGCAUAUUCUACAGACUACAGUGGCAGUAUAAUUUUGUACAUCGAUGUUACUAAUACAUAUUAGGAGUUCUUAUCCACCCCUUCCCAAAAAGAUUAUUUUUAUUUAUUUUGUCUUCUGCCUCAGGAUUGGAAUAUCUUUGUAUAUUCUGAAAAAUAGUGACCGAUAUACAUGUACUUACUUUUCAUACUACUUGGAAAACAUAUUCUGUUUGCUACA